GACAGAACGGAAGCCGAGAUGGGCCAAACUAGCCCAGCCGGAUAACAGAGACAAACUUGGCAGCGAGCGGAUGAACUGGUCGGAUCUUUGUUCUUCACAGCCGCAGCCCUCAACCUCUUUAUAUUUUUGCGUAUCGUUACUUAUAUGUCUCACAUUUAUAUCAAGAUUAUAUAAAAUACUCCUUCACUGGGCACUCAGUUUCAGCACAGGCAUAUACUUUUUGAGCUAGCAUAUUUUCUUAGUGUUUUUAGUUAAUUCUUCCCCCCCACCGACGACGUUUUAUUGGACCAAGAUAGGCGGCGCGGGCACCAAGAUGUCGAACCGGAUGGUGUGCAGAGAAGCGAGCCACGCCGGCAGCUGGUACACGGCCUCAGGAUCCCAGCUUAACGCACAACUCGAGGGCUGGUUAUCUCAAGCACAAUCUACAGCUGGUCCAGCUAGAGCCAUUAUAGCACCGCACGCUGGCUACACUUACUGCGGCGCGUGUGCCGCCCACGCCUACAAGCAGGUGGACCCCUCCAUCACUCGGAGGGUGUUCAUACUCGGCCCCUCUCACCAUGUGCCGCUGUCUCGCUGUGCCCUCUCCCCCGCCGAGGUCUACAGAACGCCACUGUACGACCUGAGGAUCGACCAGAAGGUUUAUGCUGAUCUGUGGAAAACAGGCAUGUUUGAGAGGAUGAGUCUGCAGACAGAUGAAGACGAACACAGCAUUGAAAUGCACCUGCCUUAUACCGCUAAAGCCAUGGAGAGACAUUCUCUCCACUCUCACGCUCUCCUUCAAUGUCAACGUUUCCGUUACACCUACUACGAUGAAAGUCAAGGAGAGAUCUACAGAUCUAUCGAGCACCUUGACAAAAUGGGAAUGGGAAUUAUAGAACAGUUGGACCCCAUCUCCUUUAGCAAUUAUUUGAAGAAAUAUCAUAAUACUAUUUGUGGUCGCCAUCCCAUCGGCGUUCUUCUAAAUGCCGUGGCGGAACUGAAAAAGAACGGCACAGACAUGAACUUCUCUUUCCUAAACUAUGCGCAGUCGAGCCAGUGCCGAAACUGGUCGGACAGCUCUGUGAGUUAUGCUGCUGGAGCUCUCGUCGUUCAUUGAGGUGAACUUUCCCAGGAGCCGCGGAGCCUCCUAGAAGACCCAAGCCCCUCCCACCCGUCCCGUUCCUGACAACGUAUCCCCAUCCUCCCCCGCCUCUUCUAUAGGAAGGACAUACAAAGUUUGUCGCAGCUGGGAAUCUUCAUACAUACCCCGAAUCCAGAUUUAACGUUAGAUACUAACCUCCUCUUCCUACAGCUUUCCCUGUACCCCGAUUUCCACGUGAGGCAACUUGGAUGAUGCUAUAGCUUGAAGUACAGUCGCAGUCUUUUGGGUGUUGCAAGGUCAGAUUUUUGAUUGUGUUUUUGGUCUUAAUGAGGCAAAAUCUGCUUUUGACCCUCCAAGGAUGUUAGGUAUCUGAAGAGCCUUUGUGUAAUUUAAAAGCAAGACACAUUUAAAGUUUAAAUAAAAAAUCAAACCAUUGACAUUGCACUCUUUUUGCAAGUCUGCAUAUGUAAUCUACAUAAUGUCUCACCUAUUGAUAAAUAAUGAGAAAAAGGAAGUUGACAGACUGCAACAUGCUAUGUUCAUGUACACCCUGAGAAUUGUAGUAAUAGCUACCGCGUUGGUCCUGUUGUAGUUUGUAAAGGGCUACACAAUACCCACUAACCCUCCACUGUUCUGGAUAUACCAAAAAAUAGUUUUUCUUUCAUCUAAUUUUUUAUUGUAGUCAAAUUAAAAUUCUUAUAUUCUGUUCUGUUUAUUUUCUCUUUGUGAUUACCAUUAUUUAGCUUUCUAGUUUUACGAUGCAUUUGACGUAUUUAUCUCAAACUCUGUGGAAGCAUAUAGUAGUGUUUGAAGUGCAGUACAGGUGGACCCCUUUCAGACUGCCUCAAAAUGGCCGUUCUGUCCCAUCAACCCUCAAUUUAUUUUGGUUAUUCUGAAACAAUUUUAUUUUCACAUGCAAGUUAGCAGCCAUGUUUAACAUCCGAGUAGUAGUUAUUUAUGCACACCCAUAUCAAGGAACCGCCAGAGGUGGAUUUUCUGAAAGGCGUAGGCAUUUUGUCUGGCUUUCCUCUUUAUUCCAUCUACUCCAGGCCUCCCAAAGAGCACAGUGCAGCAAGAUUUUUCCUGGGUGACCAUUGGAAGGAAAACGGCAAGGCUCCUCUACAUCCCCAUCAAGGUUUGAAUGUCUCAAACCAAAUCCUCAAACAGAAAACAGACAAAGCAUGUCAUACCAUGCAGAUGUGCCUUGGGUCAGUGUUAAACAUGUUUUUGUUUUUUGUUUUGGUCCUGUGUUUUCCACCCUUCAUUUACCCACUAAAAGGACUUGAUUGUCUGUCUUGAAUCAGUUGAAUUAGUUCUUACUGUUUUUAAAGUAGGGUAAACACCUGUUCUUGUACUGUUAGGAUUGUUUCAAAAAAAAUUUUAUGUUAGCACUGUUUAUUAUUAUUCGAACUAUUAUUGCGUAAAAAUGAACAGUUCUCACAUUGUCAAACCUAUGUGGAAAUUAAUUGAAGCGCUCCUCAGUGGAGUCAUUUUUGAAUCUCAGGUUACAUUGAAGCAUUACAGAAUUCUCGCCAGAUAUGACAA